GUGUCUCUUCUGCCUUAGAUUGUAACUGUCUAGAGGCCGGGGACUUGGCUUCUGUGGCCUCCAGCCUGCGACCCCCAGGCAGCUUAUUGAUGUUCUUGAGGACCCUGCCAUCAGGAAUGUAAUUGUACUACAAACAGUUCUGCAAGAAGUGAGAAAUCGGAGUGCCCCUGUAUAUAAACGAAUCCGAGAUUUGACUAGUAACCAGGAGAAGCAUUUCUAUACGUUCACCAACGAGCACCAUAGAGAAACUUACAUAGAACAAAAACAGGGAGAAAAUGCUAAUGACAGGAAUGAUAGAGCCAUUAGAGUAGCAGCAAAAUGGUACAAUGAACAUUUGAAGAAAAUGUCAGCAGAGAAUGAACUGCAAGUCAUCUUAAUAACAAAUGACAGGAAAAACAAAGAGAAAGCCAUAGAAGAAGGAAUACCAGCUUUCACUUGUGAAGAAUAUGUAAAGAGCCUAACUGCUAACCCUGAACUCAUAGAUCGUCUUGCUUGUUUGUCUGAAGAAGGGAAUGAAAUAGAAAGUGGAAAAAUAAUAUUUUCAGAGCAUCUUCCCUUAAGUAAGUUACAACAAGGCAUAAAAUCUGGUACAUACCUUCAAGGAACAUUUAGAGCCAGCAGGGAAAAUUACUUAGAAGCUACAGUAUGGGUUCAUGGAGAUGCUGAAGAAAAUAAAGAGAUAAUCUUACAAGGGCUUAAAAAUUUAAAUCGAGCUAUUCAUGAAGACAUUGUGGCUGUGGAGCUUCUCCCCAAAAAUCAGUGGGUAGCACCAUCUUCUGUGGUUUUACAAGAUGAAGGUCAAAAUGAAGAUGAUGUGGAGAAAGAAGAGGAAACAGAACGCAUUCUGAAGACUGCUGUAAAUGAAAAAAUGUUAAAACCUACAGGUAGAGUUGUAGGAAUAAUAAAAAGGAAUUGGAGACCAUAUUGUGGCAUGCUUUCCAAGUCUGAUAUUAAGGAGUCAAGAAGACAUCUCUUUACACCUGCGGAGAAGAGAAUUCCUCGAAUUCGGAUAGAAACCAGACAGGCGUCUGCAUUGGAAGGACGGAGAAUUAUCGUUGCUAUUGAUGGAUGGCCCAGAAAUUCCAGAUAUCCGAAUGGACACUUUGUGAAAAAUUUAGGUGAAGUUGGAGAUAAAGAGACUGAAACAGAAGUUUUGUUACUUGAGCAUGAUGUUCCCCAUCAGCCUUUUUCACAGGCUGUCCUUAGCUUUCUACCAAAGAUGCCCUGGAGCAUUACUGAAAAGGACAUGAAAAACCGAGAAGACCUGAGACAUCUAUGUGUUUGUAGUGUGGACCCACCAGGAUGUACUGAUAUAGAUGAUGCUCUGCAUUGUAGAGAGCUUGAAAAUGGAAAUUUGGAGGUUGGUGUUCAUAUUGCUGAUGUUAGCCAUUUUAUUAGGCCAGGAAAUGCUUUGGAUCAGGAAUCAGCCAGAAGGGGAACAACUGUGUAUCUUUGUGAAAAGAGGAUUGACAUGGUUCCAGAGUUGCUUAGUUCUAACUUAUGCUCCUUAAGAUGUAAUGUUGACAGGCUGGCAUUUUCAUGUAUUUGGGAAAUGAAUCACAAUGCUGAAAUCUUAAAAACGAGGUUUACCAAAAGUGCCAUUAAUUCAAAGGCUUCCCUUACAUAUGCUGAAGCUCAAAUGAGAAUUGAUUCAGCAACCAUGAAUGAUGACAUUACCAUUAGUCUCCGUGGACUAAAUAAAUUAGCUAAAAUUUUGAAAAGAAGAAGAAUCGAAAAAGGGGCUUUGACUCUUUCUUCUCCAGAAGUUCGAUUUCACAUGGACAGUGAAACUCAUGAUCCUAUAGAUCUACAGACCAAGGAACUUAGAGAAACAAAUUCCAUGGUUGAAGAAUUUAUGUUACUUGCCAAUAUCUCUGUUGCAAAAAAAAUUCAUGAAGAGUUUUCUGAACAUGCUCUGCUUCGAAAACAUCCUGCUCCUCCUCCAUCAAAUUAUGAAAUUCUUGUUAAGGCAACUAAAUCCAAGAAUUUGGAAGUUAAAACUGAUACUGCCAAGGCUUUGGCUGACUCUUUGGAUCAGGCUGAUUCUGCUACUUUCCCAUAUCUAAACACUCUGUUAAGAAUAUUAGCCACUCGCUGCAUGAUGCAAGCUGUGUACUUCUGCUCUGGAAUGGAUAAUGAUUUUCAUCACUACGGCUUAGCAUCCCCAAUAUACACACAUUUUACUUCACCCAUCAGAAGAUAUGCGGACAUCAUUGUUCAUCGGCUGUUGGCUGUGGCUAUUGGGGCUGACUGUACUUAUCCAGAGUUGACAGACAAACAUAAGCUUGCAGAUUUAUGUAAAAAUCUUAAUUUUCGGCACAAAAUGGCUCAAUAUGCCCAACGUGCAUCAGUGGCUUUCCAUACCCAGCUAUUUUUCAAAAGCAAAGGAAUAGUAAGUGAAGAGGCCUAUAUUCUUUUUGUGAAAAAAAAUGCUAUUGUGGUGUUAAUUCCAAAAUAUGGAUUAGAAGGUACAGUCUUUUUUGAAGAAAAGGACAAACCCAAGCCACGGCUUAUUUAUGAUGAUGAGAUACCUUCACUUAAAAUAGAAAAUACUGUGUUCCAUAUAUUUGAUAAAGUUAAAGUGAAAAUCAUGUUAGACUCGUCGAAUCUUCAGCAUCAGAAAAUUCGAAUGUCCCUGGUAGAACCACAGAUACCAGGAAUAAGUAUUCCUACUAAUACUUCAAACAUGGACAUCAGUGAACCAGAGAAAAAGAAGAAGAAGCUUGAAAAAUAGCUAUAGCCAGCAAAAAAAUUUCAAGGGUUGGUUUCCUUUUAAUAAAAUUAAAAACAAACAAACAAACAACAACAAAAAUUGAGAGGACAUUUCUAAUCCUAAGAAGUGUGUGAAACAGUUUAUUAUUUUAAAGUGCAUUUUAAUAAUUUUUAAAAUGUACAUUUUUAUUGAACUGUUGUCUGUGUCUGUCCCAUCAUUUACUUCUGGACUGAACAAAGCUAUUUAUGCAGAAAAAUUGAGUUGAAUAUCCAUCACUUAAAUAGUGAGGAUAGCAAAUUCAGGGAUCUGUAAAGAUCAUUUAAAGGGAGCAUUCAUGCUCUCAUUGAAGAGCAGAUUAACUUUGCAAAAGUGAUUUGACUAUUUAAUAUUGAUUAAAAAAAAACUACCAUUUCCCUAUGGAGAAAAAUAGAAUGUUUUUAGAAGCAAAGAACCAUCUAUCUAAAUCUUGAAAGCUGUGUUUAGUAUGGCAGUGUUUGGAUUUCAAGACAAUUAAGAUCUGUUGGGAAUUCAGUAAUCUGUGCUGUCUUUAAUUUAUCUAACUUACAUUAUGUACUCUGUUAGAAAGCCUCUUGCAGUUCCUAAAUGAUGCUUGAACAGUUGUGUGUGUUUGGGAGUUGGAUAUUGUAGGAAGGCAAGACUGGAAAAAAUAGUUGCUUUAUACUAGGAAAUAAGAGUGAUCAUCAUUCUUGACCUUCACCUCAAAUAUCUCCCCCAAAUAAGGGAUUAGGACCCAAAGAAAGACUGAAGAGUAUUUUAAAUGUCACAUCAUGUUACUUAUAAAAUAAAAAGUAGGUAAUGAAUGGCUUUUAAACUGCCUGUGUAUCAGAUUAUAUUGGAAAGGGGGAUUGUGUAAAUAAAUAUUAAAGGGAACAAAUUGAAGUUUUACAA